UCUUACUCCACUGUGGCUCAUUUUAAGUUACACCAGUAACACGAUUCACUGUUGUUCAUUCUUGAGCGCAAAUACAACCCAGUGGAGUCUGAAACAACAGGCUGUGGUUGAAUAAAGUCAUGAACUCACCUCAGGCUGUGCAGUCUGGAGAACAUCCAUCUGAAGUCCACAGACAGGGAGAACAAGUGGCCCUCGGAGUUCCUGUUCUCACACUAGCCGUGCAUUGCAGCUCCGGACACCUGAGAGCAGCGGAGGAGGCGUCGUGACUCCCGCAGGUUUACCGGACCGUCCGCUCCAUUCACGCUGCCUUCAUCAGGAACAGGACGGCUUUCUUUGUGUGUUAUUAUCAUCAUCACUGCGUGUGAUAUCCGCGGGGACGCCGGAGCUACAGUCACAGAUGCUUGGCUUUCUCAUCCAAAAUUUACGCAUGUUGGGAGGAAAAUGCUGACAUCGUUUCAGGCACAUUUCUCUCCUUGGAUGACAUUGUAGGCUGAUGUGGUAUUGUAUCUUUUUUUAAUUAUUUAUCUUUUGAGAAUGACCAAAGAUUGGACACACAAGAAUCAUUCUUUAUUCGUGCGUAAAAGCCGCGCCGCCCGUCAAUGAAUGACGCGUUGUGCGUCUCAUCAAUGAAAGCAGGGUAAGUUUUCAGAGGCACUGAUGAGCAACUGUCAGACGGACACUUUUGCAUCUGGGGGAACCUGGAUUAUAAAAAACACAAUCUUUCACAGUCAAGGACAAGUUUGGAGAGGUUGGUGCUUUUUCAUUCUGGUGCGUCUUCAGCGGAUUUUUUGCGUCUUGGUGACCCUUUCAACCUUUCCUGUGGUGAUUAGAAACAAUGUUCCUAUGCAACACGAGUGCCAUAAAGGACUGGAGCUAUUUUCUGUCUCAGAUUUUGCCUCUAAUGAACAAAACUACAGGCUUGGUCAACAUCGACAAAGCGGAGGCUGUGACGACCACCAUGGUGACCGCUCUGCAGCCGGACAGCGCCAUGAGCGCGAGUAACCCGCCUCUCAACUCCAACCAUACCUCGGGCAUGGAGCAUGUCUUUCAGUACUCUUACUCGGAGAGUGACCUGCUGUAUACAGACAACCGGACACCUGCACGGGACUCCAUCCCGCUGCCCAAAGCGGUUCUCUACCUGGUCAUGGCAGCGCUGGUGGUGGUGGCGGUGGCUUAUGCGAUAGUUGGACACCUGGUCAAAGAUGUGGUUAAUGACUUUGUAGGUGGAGGCAGGUCGAUUGUUGCUGAAGGUGACGGCGGCGAAACCAGUGAACCAGAUUGGGUAUUUGGCUCUCGUCGGGUUACCAACCGCAACAAGACUGAGAUCAACUGCAUCACCAACAACAUGAACGAGAUGUCUGAAUUGGGUGAAAGGCCACAUCUGGUUGAGAUGAGCUACAUAUCCCUGAAUCACACUACCUGCUUGAGCUCCAACAGACCGGAGGAGACAGUGGUCACCGUGGACGAGAUGUUACAGCACCGACCUCUAGACGCUCAUUCUGGGACUUAACCGUGACCUUCUGACCUUCCCUGAGAGAAAUAAAAGCGGCGUAUUUUGCUUGCUUUUUCUUGCACAAGUGGAUUUACAAGUUUGUCAUGAAUCGAAGCUCUAUCCACUGUUUCAUCACCUGCAGGUUUGGCUAAAAUACCUGUGAAAUGUUGAGCAAGAAGAGACUUUAAAUUGUCAACCUGUGCUGGAACAUUGGAGGCAUCAGAUGUUGAUGCUCUAUGUCUGACGGGACUCCUUUCUGUGGAGAUGAAUGGAACGGGCGGCUUUUUUUUGGACAAGCAGUCAAACAAAAGUGUUUUUUUUUUUCUUACUUUUGUCCUUGUCGUACUGCCCCUUUUUUCAAGUGACCCCCUUAAGCUUUCAAUGUGAAAAUACCACUCUGUUAAUGUGACACAUGCAGUUCACUGUAACCACAAACAGCAUGUAAUCAGUCUAAAUAUACAAUACACGUUGGUCAGUGCUUAUUGUAAUAUCACUACUAGUAAGGUUAAACACUUCGCUUAAAUAAAAAAAAUAUCACAUCAACCAAUUUUUUUACUUCCUUUGAUGAAUAACAUCAGUUUAUUUGUAAUUAUCUUACAAUUUAUAUGAAGCACCUCAAAUGACACAGGUUACAAGAAGGAUACAGGAAAUCAACACCUUCUAUGUUUUGUGUAGUAAUGCUGUAAUUACUGGAGGCAAAAACGUCUAACUCCACAGUGAUAAAACUGUAUUUUGUAUUGUCAUGUUAUAGCUUGAUGUGAAGAAGUGCUAAAUCACCUUUAAGAGCUAUGAUUACACUUGAAUGCAAAAAAUUAAAUUGAAAAGUAGCAAAGCCAUUGUUCUUAUGAAAAAAAUCAAACUGAGUAAUUUUAGUGUUCAUUUGAUUAAUGAAUGUAUUUAAGAGUUUUGGGCGUUUUUUUCUUGUGUGUUAAAUGUCUCAAAACAUCACUACUGAAACAUCUCAGAAAGUGCUCAUCUUAUUUCUAAUGUUUAAUAUUUCAUGUGAAACAGCUUUUUUAAAAAGCCUUUGUUUACCUUUGUUACCUCACUGUCAAGGGCUACGUACUGCUGCUGAUGAGUCUGUGACACCACUCUGAGCUACAACCAAUGGGGCUUUUUUUUCUGUGCAUGCUGGGAUUAUUAUACUCUGCACAUACGCUAUUGUAAACUGUGCAAAAGGUGAAGAAACAGAAGAAACAUUACAAUUUUUGUUUCACUUGAAAACAGAAUAGAAUCCCAAGAAAAAGUAAAGAUGUACCUGUUAUACCUGAAAUUAUCAACGUCUGAUUUAGACUCUUACACAUUAUUUGAGAUUAAAUAUUAUAAAGUGGGAAUUGAAUGUACCUGUUUUAAGAGCUUAUAAGAAAAUGGUGUUUGACUCUGCAGCAGUGAUC